UCCUUAACAUGGGAUUCCUUGACCAUUGACUCAAUUUCUUUAACACUUUAUCCCACUUUUACCCUCGACAGCCGCUAUAAAUACUUUCCCCAUUUUCCCUCUCUCCCAAACUCCUUCGUGUUCCCAUUCUCUUUCUAUGGCGGAGAGCAACAAGUAUUUCUUACCGGAGCGGCGGCAGCCCAGCCGCUUGCAGAGGCGAGCGCCGUCGUCGAUACAGAUAAACCGCGCCGCCGCCGCCGCGCAUUGGAACGUGGCGAUACCGCUGCUGUCGCCGUUGGUUUCGUCGCCGGAGUCCAGCAAUAACCUGACGGCGGCGAUUAAUUUGUAUUCUAAUUCUAGUAGUAAUAAGAAGGACGAGAUAGCUAGGAAAGAGCCGGAGAAGGCGCCUGCGGCGGCGACGGCGGUGUUGAAGAGGUGGCAGCACCCGGCGAUGCCGUUUUGCCAAGAGCAGGCUCCUCCUUUCGUGCCGUUUGUACAGCAUACGCUGAUCGAUUAUCAAAAGUUUUAGUUUUUAUAAUUU